AUGACCAACAUGUCUUUCCCCCUCCCUCCUGAGCUAUAUGGACAGGACUAAUGACCAACAUGUCUUUCCCCCUCCCUCCUGAGCUAUAUGGACAGGACUAAUGACCAAUAGGCCCUCCUCACUCUCCUGCCCUAUCUGAACAGAGCUGGACAUAUUUUUUUUUUUUAGAUUUCAUACUUUUCUUUUGAUUUUCUUUUCCCUGCAUUUCCUUUUUUUAUUGUUUUCUUAUUGUUAUGUUGACUGACGCAUAAUUUGUAAUAAAAUGCGAAGCCAAAAUAAACAAGUUCCCAAACCCUGAGCUUUUUUGUUCUUAAAGGGAGCACACAUUCACACACACAUAUAUUUUGUAAUAUGAUGUUACCUAAGCAAGAUCAACCAAUAAAGGGGUGGCCUCAUCUUCCCUCCCCCAACCCAUCCUCCCCUAGAGAGAGAAACAAUAAAGCACUGUGCAAGCUCUGCUUACACCCAAUUUCCUUCCAUCCAAUCAGGCGUUCCCUGAGUGCUGACGGACAGGCCGGGCUGCCUAUGUGGAGCCUGCAGGAUGGGAGGAGGGAGAAUUUCAGCCACUCCGUCCCUUUAAAGCCCACCUCACCUCUCUGUCACGCCCUGCACAUCAAACAGGAAGUGAACCUAUAUUCCAACCCAGAGUUGUCUCCCAACCAGAACCAGAUGUCCAGACCCUUCGACCACCUCUCUCUCAUUUCCAGGUACGGCUCUCCGUCCUGGGCCUCCAAGACCCACUUCGGAGCCCUCCUGAAGCUCUGGGCCAACAGCAGAGCUGGGGACCACCUCAAAGACCUACCCAGCUUGCUGGAGGCCGCAGGGCUCUUCACCAAGUCGCCCGCCUGUGGGAAGGCAAUCAUCCAGGAGACCCCCAGAGACGAGGGCCUCUCUCUUUCCCACUCCCCGACCGUUGACCUCAAAAUCCCCCAGGUGAGAGGCCUUGGAGGCCUGGGGGUGGACUUCUGCUUGGGCUCCCUGAGCUCUGAUCCCUACAGCCUCCCCAGCCACCACUGUGAGAACAGCCUGGGGAAGAGGCAGAGGUCCAUCCUGCCCAAACACAGCCGCCGGGGAAGCAGUGGAGGAGAGGGGGAGUACUGGGCUUCAUCCGAUGCAGACCGCUCUGCCUCUGGGGGGCAGUAUCCUACCUCUGACCCCGAGGCAGACCUCAGCAACAAGCAGAUGAGGAAAAAGAGGGGACGAUACCGUCAGUACAACACAGAGCUGCUAGAGGAGGCUAUCGGAGUGGUGAUGGGGGGGAAGAUGAGCGUGUCCAAGGCUCAGACCGUCUACGGGAUCCCUCACAGCACUCUGGAGUAUAAAGUCAAGGAGCGCCUUGGCACCCUGAAACAUCCACCCAAGAAGAAGCUGAAGCUGAUGAGCCACAUGGAGGAACCGGAGGAUACGGAGGCCCCAGAGAGCCAAGAAGCUCUGGAUGCGACCAUGGACCUCCAGUCUGUGUCAGCAUCUGGAGAGAGCGGCAGGCAGCUGCUCAGUACAGGCCUCUCCCCAGACGAGUAAAGUCACGACUGAAAGAGAUUCAGUACUUGAUGAUAUGUGAUGUUUUUUCCCAGACCAGGUAAUCGUUUGCAUUUGCCAGGCAGUGGCAAUGACAGAGGAGUCUAUCAGGGGAGGCUGCUGAGGGGAGGACGGCUCAUAAUAAUGUUUGGAACAGAGCAAAUGAAAUGACAUCAAACCAUGUGUUUGAUACCAUUCCGCUCCAGCCAUUACCACAAGCCUGUCCUCCCCAAUUAGGGUGCCACCAACCUCCUGUGGAGUCUAUAUAGCUAGUACACAAUUGAUCAGUUCGGUAUCUUGAUUUAUUCCAAAUGCACUUCUACUUACUGUGAUCAACCCCGUGAAUCAGUCUGACCUAUUCAUCUUGGCUCUUUAAUCAUUUUAACAUGUUUGUUAAGCCUACUAUAAGUAGCUGUUGUCUAAAUCAAUCAAACACUAAAUUGUCUCUGCACUCUUUUAGAUUGUCCCUCGAUGUUGUCCUAGACAUUGUUGAAACCCUCCAUAUUUGAAAUAUGUUUUGGGAGUGUUUUAUGAAGCUUGUUUGUACUGUAUAAGGAUAUCAGACAAUAUUUGAACGGUUCAUCCUGAAACUGCUUUUGAUACGGUGCUACCAUAAACUAAUAAUUUACUACCUGACUAAUAUAAUGUGUGAUGGCAAAAUUGCAAUUGGACCAAGCCCAAUUGUCUGCACAGAGUUGUAUAUUGGUCAGUGGUGCCCCUUACUGUUCUCUAGGAGUACUCUGGUUAUUACAGCACUUAGGGUUGAACCAACGGUCUCCAUCCCAGGUCCUGUAGAGCUACAGGAAAUGUAUGGUCUUAUUGGAGGCCAGCUGCAACAAAAGCCUGCAGACUUUGUAGCACCAAGGUUGGAGACGUUUGGGUUGGAUACACCAACCUCAUUUCUUUGUUUGGGUCAUAAUGAUGACGCAUGCUCAGCCCUCGACAUGUAGAAUCAAGGCUUAUUUCUAUUUGAAACUCUAUUCAUAUUUGAUCAUCUAAAUGGGGGUUUAUAAUGUUUAUUUUACAUUGUGAGUUUAAAGUCAUACACUGGUUGAUACUCUCUUUCCCUGUCACUGUUCAGCAAAUGCACACCUGAGAUUGAAUAGACCAAACUACAGCAGAAAGAAUGUGGUUGAAAGGAUGCCUGCAACCAUUGUGUACUACUGAAAAUCUUAAUGUAAGGUUGAAUGUUUUUGUUUUUUGGGAGAACAGAUUCCCCUGUCCGCAAUUUCACCACCUCCUUAGUUACCAACCAAACCUCAGCUAUAGACGUGUUGGUUGUUUAGCUACAAAAUCACUAUGGAGAAACUGGUUUGGCCUAGGUUGUUGACACGUAAACGAUAUUUCCUCUCAAAUGUGUAUUGAAACCUACAUUUGCACAAUGAGCACUUUUCUUUGAAAUGCAUGUCAGCUGUUGGUUAGCUAGCUAGUGAAUUUUGGCUAUAUUAGCAUAGAUGUGACAUCAGUCAAAACGCCUCAAAACAAGACAUUGUAUCAAAGAGAUCAAACUAGCUAAAACACGCCACCCACAAUUCCCCAUGUGGCAGUUUCUUGUCAUUGUUGCUAGCAGUCUGGCCAUCCAGAAUCACAACGCGCAGACUUCCUCCUCAUUGAAGCCUGCACAUUGUUUUUGUGACGUGAGGAGCUAACCGUUUAUACUCUCCAAAAGCACUCCAGAUUUACAACCACUCAGAUAUGUCGCUAUCCGCUGUGUAGUGUGAUUGGGACAUUUCUUUACCUGUGUUCACCCGUAGCCUUCACCACAACUCAGGAUAAUGUUUGUGUGGGGCUGCAGUACUUGUGUGAAUGUGUAUAUUUCUAUCUUUAUCAGAAAUGUAUAUACUAUGUUAGAUAUCUAUACACAAACAUACCUCACUCUCAGAUGUAUAUCUCCUACUUAUUUCCACGCCUCUUGUAUCUUACUCAGAAUCAUCUGAAGGGGAAAUUUCUUUUUUUUUUUGUCUGCGAACAGGCACUUUUGGGAUCUCUUACCAUUGACUGAUAAAUAUAUGCACCCGACUCUUAUCAGGUGUUCUCACAACUUACCUUAUCCCAGCAUUUGUUUACCAGUUUGAGCCUCUUUGACAUUUUAAAUCUGUGUGGCGCUGCAGUUAGCACAACAACUUCAGGUGUGAAGUCAGGUAGUCUCAUUACCUCUAGGGAUGACUGUCCCUGCUUAACAGAAGAAGGCAAGAACAAGGGAAAGGUGGAAAUGUUUGUUCUUAAAACAUUUUUAAAAUCUUAACUAUGUAUUGAAAGAUUGGUUUUGUUCACGUGUUAGAUUGCAGCUUUAAGGUGCAGUAAAUUGAUGAGUCUCAAAGGUUUCGCCAUGUGGCGCAUAGCACUAAGGAAAUUCUUUGGAGGAGUGUAGAAUAUGCUGAAGCAUAGAUACUUUGCCCAUUGCAGUUUAAACAUCAUGAUGUUUUUAGAAAACAUCACAUAAUUCAAUGGAUGCCGUAUUUGCUCCUCCUUGGUAAUACCGACCAAUAAAAAUGUAUGGAAAUCUCAGAAUUGUACACAAUGUUUACUUAUCUAAUUCUACAAUCAGAACAAGAAUCUAAAUACUCUUCGUGAAUAGAAUGCUCGGAAGCAGCGACAUGGUGUCCCGCUGUGAAUUUGGCAAAACUACUGUGAGUACUACUUACCCUAUCGACAGUUCUACCUCAGGACAUUUCAUAAUAUUAGAUCAAUCCCCUAUUGUCCUUGUAUAAGGUUUAUAUUACAGUGCUGGUUUUACUACAGUCAUCAGAUUAACAGGUAUUACUACAGUUCUAGUGACAUUUUUAUAGUCAACAAGACUGUAAGAUGUUAAUUUCUUACUCUUGACCCAGUAAGUUAUUAUGCAUCAUUUUUGAGACUUAUGUAAACUAAAUAUUUAGACAAACAUUUGAGUUAAAAGUUUGAUUUUGGCCCACCGUGAACACACAGCUACAAACUCUUAGAUUAUUGCUAAAACUUAACUGAUAUCACAUGAAAUGCAUAAAACAAGAACUUUCCUUAAGCAAGGCUGGUCCUACUCUCUCCUUUCAGGUUUAUUUUUUGUUGGACAACAUUACAUUUCCUUUAGUCUUUCAGGUGUAUAUAAGUAUAGUGAAAAUAAAUAUAAUUGACUACUAGGUUAACUAAUUAGUAUGAAUCCACUGUAAAUAUUACUUUUUAAAUGUGCAGUGAAUACCAGUCAGAAGCUUGUACACCUACUCAUUCAAGGGGUUUUCUUUAUUUUUACUAUUUUCUACAUUGUAAAAUAAUAGUGAAGACGUCAACUAUGAAAUAACACAUAUCGAAAAAUGCAGUAACCAAAAAAGCUAUUUUAUAUUUGAGA